CAUCGGUUCAAGCUAGUCGGCCCAGAAACAACAAUCAGAGACAGCCCCUCCCGACCCUGGCCUCGGACCUGGAACCGCCCUCCCGCCUGCCAUUCGUCUGGGUAUCUUUGCCUUUCCAUGUCCCGUCACUCUAAUGGACGCGGACGUGGACGUGGUCCGUGGCCGCGAACAUUGCCCGCCAUCCAUUGACAUCAAGCAUAUCACCACCACCGUCACCACCACCACGACGCCACACACAUCCGUCACCGCCAGCUGGUUCUGCAUGUUGUUCUGCAACCCCAUUUCUCACGCAGUGACCUGCAUGGCCAUGCUGAAUAUCCCGUACGCCAUGACUGCCGCAAAUACCAUUUCCUCGUCGUCUUUACGGAUACGCACUUUUGACACCGCACCGUCUGUCCCCUGCGUUCAUCCGCACCGCACCGCAUCGCGCCGCGCCGCGACGCUACCUCGCCCGCUUGUGUUAGUUUAUAUGCGUUUUGCAGGUGUGUCUCUUUGUGUGCGCACUGCAUUUCGACUCCUUCCGCGUCCCACAGAGUCGCCUUCCCCACCCUGCAUCCCUCGAUCGGAUGCUUGUGACGGCGGUGACGGUAUCAAACACAAGGUAUUAGUCUAUUGGCAGCGGACACGCACUAAUUAAGACUCUGCGGACCGCUUCUUCCUGCAUAAGCUCGGGGACCCCUCGAUCGCCCUUUUCUGGGUUGUCGCAUCUCUUUGUUCUCCUCGUCGUACUUCAAAGUUCCCUGCUUGUCCUCGACACGAUCCGGCCAUGUCUCCGGUCUAUGCAUUUGUCGUAGGGCGCGACGCAAACACUUCU